ACCCGGCGGGAGCGGCGGCCGAGCGGAGCGGAGCCCCGGGCCCUUCCCUGCGAAUCCACGCUUCCGCUGCGCCAGAGCCGCGCGUGAGCCCCGGGCCCGCGCAGACAUGAGCGCCCGGCGGCCGGACGCACUCAAGGCUCAGCUGCCCGACCCCGAGGCCCCGUGAUGGGCUCCUGCGUGUCGCGAGCCUGAAGUCUGGAGCCAGGGAUGACGUGCCUCCUGCCGAGGGCCAGACGGAGCCCAGAGCCCAUACACAGCUUGGGCUACCCCAGCCAAACCCCAGAUUUGUUCACAAGUGCCCACAAGGACUGCCCCAUGCCCCAGGGCACGGCCCCUCUGAGCCCGAACUUGCCCUCCAGCUGCCCACCCAUCAUGGCUCCAGACCGUGUCACUGGCAAGGACAAACAGAUGGAUUUCUGUUGGGAUCCUUGGCAGAGGUGCUUCCAGACCACCAACGGCUACCUGUCCGACUCCAGGUCGUGCUCCAGCAACUAUAACGUGGCAGCCCUAGCCACCUCAUCCCUCGUGGGAGUGGUGCAAAGCAUCAAGGACCACAUCACAAAGCCCACGGCCAUGGCACGUGGCCGCGUGGCCCACCUCAUUGAGUGGAAGGGUUGGAGUGCCCAGCGUUCGGGCUGGGAGCUGUCCCCGGCCGAGGACGAGCAUUACUGCUGCCUCCCAGACGAGCUGCGGGAGGCCCGCUUUGCCGCAGGGGUUGCCGAGCAGUUUGCCAUCACGGAGGCCACGCUGAGCGCCUGGUCCUCGCUGGACGAUGAGGAGCUGAACCCGGAGAACAGCCCCCAGGACGUGGUCCAGCUUCAGGACCUGGAGAGCAUCUACCUGCAGGACAGUCUUCUGAGUGUCCCCUCGCAGGAUGACAGUCUUCUGGCCUUCUCCUCCUCUGGCCUCUCCCCCGAUGGCUGGCCCUCACCUGAAGAGCCCCCCAUCACAGCUGCGGGCCCACAGCCCCCCAGUCCCGAACAGCAGCACCGGCAGCGGCUGCCGGGGGCCCUGGGACCCGAAGGUGGAGCCCACUUGCAGGGCUCCCUCCCCUCGGUGGACAGCGGCUCCCUCUCGGAGGAAGAGGACGAGGUGUUCUAUAACUGAGGCGGGGACCAGAGCCUGCUGGCACUGUGACCUGGCCUGGUGGGCAGCCCAGGUGUAUCCGGACACCGGGGUCUGGCUGUGCAUCUCUAGACCCCUCAGGGCAGGCCCAGGGUGGGUGCAGCGGGGCUGGGGGCCAGCAUUCCUUGUGGACCACUCCGUGCCUCCGUGGCCCUGUCCCUCGCAGUGGGAGCCAUCAUCCCCUUCUCCCUCUUUAUGUGGCUCAGGAGGGCACCCCCCUCUGCAGAGUUUCUGCCAUCAGCGAGCUCAAGAGCUCUCAGUGGACACCGGGGCAAGCCUCCCAGAGGAGCCAACAGCCAGACUCCCAGGAAGACAGACCAGAAGGGCCUGCGAGACCUGCUGGGAGUGGGGCCCGAGGACCCUGCCUUGAGCCCAGGGCUCAGUCCUUCCCCCUCUCCCCCUGCGCUUCUGCCCCCAUCAGAGGGGGACUGCUCUUCUGGUAGCUAAUGUCUGGCCCUUAGCGCUCUUCAUGGGGAUUCUGUGUCUGGAGUGUCUGUAGGUCCCUCACUCUCUGAACCCGCUCCCUGGUGCCCUCCUCCCCCUCCUCGCUCUCCCCUGCCAUCUCCCUGAUGCCAUCUCCCUGAAGGUCGUCUGAAGACAUUAAAGUGGUGGAUUCACCCUGGA